CACACACACACUGCUUUUAUAGAGAGAUGUGUUUUCUUAAAAAGGAAGCACCAGCACACCACAGCAUAGCGGACAGCACUGGCCAAAACAUCCAGAGCAUAGUCCGGCAGAUGUUUAAGGACCAGAAAAGUUAUCUCAGGAAAUAGAGAUGACUCUGUCCCUUCCUCCACAAUGUCCACACUGACCCCCUGGAUGUAAACAGGGGUCAACAGCACCUUGGUCCUCCUCAGGUCCACAACCAGUCCUCGGUCUUUGUCACACUGAGCUGUAGAUGGUUCCGCUCACGACAAGUUGUCCACAGUGGUCCUGAAGUCAUCCUCAGUACCUUCCCUGAUACAUCAAACUCAAGGUGGGCGUAAACACAGUUGAGCAGGUAGAUGGUGGCACGCUCAACUCCCAAGUUGGUGCUGAACUGUAGAGGGAGAGGAGCUGUAUGCAUUCUCCACGUUGGCACACAGCAAGCCGUAUGCAGCUGUAACCAUGGUGACGUGGUCGAAUCCACCCAAGAUAGAGAUGAACGUGCCGGGUGUUGAGUCUGUGACCAGGCUGUGGUGGAGUGGAUGAUGUCGUAUGUGAUAUAUAUUACCAAAGGGAGGAAUGUAAACAGUCACCACAGCAACAUGUGAAAACAACUUCAAUGUCCAGUCAACAGACAGUAACAUUUGGAUAUUACCACAACAAAUGCAUGCACUGGAGUACAAAGUGGCCUACAGUAGGCAAUUUGCCUCUGACAUGAUGUGAAUUAUGAAGUAGCAUAAAAUGGAAAUACUCAAGUAAAGUGCAAGGUGACGGCCUCAGGAAUUAUACUUACGUACAGCAUGAAUAAAUUAUUACGUUAAAUUUGACUAUUGUUUAUUCCGCAUUCUAAUAUGUACUUUCCCUCUUCUUUACCUCUUUCACUGUCACUAUUUUUAUACCUCACUGGCAAAACAUUUCUGUGACAUUUGUAUUAUUUCUUAAUGCAGAAGUCACACAAAUAUCUUGUGCUUGUUUGGAUGCGCAGUGGUUGGUUGUGAUUCUUAAGGGUAAAGUUUCUCCCAGUGUUCAUGCUCAACUGUUGCCAUGGUAGCAUGAGCGUGCCUGCGUCGGCACACCUCCGAAGAAGUACCUGUUUCUCAUUUGCAUUUAAAGAGACAGGCACUCAAAACCGACUGUUGUGAACAAGGCUGUUUUGGCAGGGUUAUUAAACUGUUACGAACUGCUACUGUGCUUCAUCCUUAUGAUAUAUUGACCAAAAAGCAUGUCACAGACAUUUCAUUAGGACUCCAGGGAACUAGGUUAACUUGUAGAAACAGAGAAUAAUAUGAGUUCUUUAAAUGACUCAUCGUGAUUGACGUUGACCUGUUUUGCAUUACAGUAACACCAGCACUGUAGACUGUAGUUACCGCUGUAGGCUGAGCCUUGCGUCAGGCACGUGAGUCAACAGAGAGACGGGCACCGACCUCAGACCAGGAACAGACCAGACCCACUGACUCAGAACGGCGCGAGACUUAACAGGGAACUCCAAACUACAGCGCGAAAUUAACGUCCAGCAGGAAAACUAAAUACUAUUUUUUAACAACCAGAGCGAGGAGGAGGAGGAGGAGGAAGUGCAGUCUGCCCCGGUGUUUGGGAGCGAGAGGAAUGGGCGCGGACAUCCAGGAGCAGGAGGACGAACUGCUCGCUCUCCACAGUAUCUUUGGUUCGGAUGAGUUUCUCCGGGAUGAGUCGAAGUUUGCCGGAGAACUCCGAGUGUGUGUCGAGCUGCCUUCCGCCUUCACUGUGGCUCUGAAAGAAGGUAAACAGGCCGAGUUGGGAACAAGGCUGUGGAGCUUUAAAUGUGAAACGCUGAGCCAGUACGAGAUAUCGUUCCUCCCUCCUCUCCUUCUGACCUUUGGGCUCCCUGAGGACUACCCAUCCUCCUCUCCUCCCUCCUUCACCCUCACCUGCAGCUGGCUGACACACUCACAGCUCUCUGCACUGAGUGCUCAGCUCACCGAUCUCUUCAAGGCCACCAGAGGCGCUGUGGUGCUCUUCAGCUGGGUGCAGUUUCUCAAGGAAGAUGCCCUCAGGUUCCUGGACAUCAAUACUCUGCUGGAGCUCCCCUCGGGUGACAGCAGCACACAGAACUGUAGCCAGGACUCAUUAGAUGUUGCACUCUCAAAACCAAAGAAUAACAAACACACUCCGACCACAGCACCGGCAGAUACUCAAAGUCUGGACCUCUCUGCAUUGGCACUGGAAGCUGAACAGACCCUCCAAACUUCGGAGAUUAAGGCUGGCUGCCAGGAUGAUCAGCCUAAACAAACCAGCCAGGAAGAUUUCUUAAAUGAAGGGAGUGUUUUGCUUCCCUCCAGCUCCUCAGGCCCACCUGAUGAAAGUAAGCAAGGAGCUGCAGCUCUGCCAAGAGAACCCCCUCAAAAUGGAGACCAAACCCUCUCUGGUUUCUCCCUGACUCCCUCACAAGCUCUCCUCUCCCAGAUCUUGAUCUAUGAUGCGGCCCAGCAGCAGAAACAGUUUGCCGCCACAGUGUUUGACUGUGGUGUGUGUUUUCAGGGCUUUCUCGGUCUGGACUGCGUGCAGCUGCCUGAGUGUGGCCACAUCUUCUGCCGGGCCUGUCUCUCCCACUUCUGUAAGCUCCAGAUAAGAGAGGGGAGCGUCCAGGGUGUAACCUGUCCUGAGGCAGACUGUGAGGCCGCUCCUACACCUGCACAGGUGAAGAGUCUGGUAGGAGAGGAACUGUUCAGUCGCUAUGAUCGUCUCCUGCUGCAGAAAACUCUGGACUGUAUGCCAGAUGUGGUGUACUGUCCCCGGCAUUCCUGUGGUUCACCUGUCAUCUGGGACAGGUCUGGCACUGCAGCGAUGUGUACUGUGUGUGCCUUUGCCUUUUGUGUCAUCUGCAAAAAGACCUACCAUGGGACAGAGGCUUGUCAGGGAAAGAAGAAGAUUGUGACAGAAAAUGACGCACAGCAACCCACUGCUGGCCUGCCACAGUCUGAAGAGGGGCUGAAGGCCCUGUGGGACGACUAUACCAGUGGCAGUAAGCAGAGGAAGAAACUCCUGGAGAGCAGAUACGGCCGCAAGACAUUGCUGGGUGGUGUGGUGGAUUGUCUGAGUGAAGGCUGGGUGGCCAUAAACAGCAAGAACUGUCCCUGCUGCUUCUCCAGAAUACAGAAGGACGGGGGAUGUAACGUGAUGAUGUGCUCUCGGUGUGGGCGGAUGUUUUGCUGGUCCUGCCUCACCAAACUGUCAUCGCAUGGAGACGGCCACUUCGAUGACGGUGCCUGCACUCGCUACACAUAGGACUUUGAACAGACACUUGAAAACAAAAGAUGACGUGAAGCAUGUUUUUCAAACAGUGAUCAUCCCAACACAGUCUGAAUCUGAUGGUUUUUGCUACUGACGAGCCACUGAAGUAAUUUAGUCUCAGUUUAUCCAAAAAAAUCCCAAAACAAACAGGUGCUAAAUUUGUCUCACUGUCAGAAAUCUAAAAUUUGAGUAUCUUCACCGUCCUCACAUCACUGAUGACAUCUUACUGUGUCAUGAGCAGUAGAGGGCGCUGAAUAACAAGAAUGACAAAACUGCUUGGUCACAUUCUAGUACCUUUACUUGAGAACCCUUUAUGGUUCCAUCAAGAAAAACAUUUUGUUUCAAAACAUGCUUUAUCAUUAAAGUAUUUGAGGAGGCUCUUUUUAACAGUAAUUUACAUGUAUUUAUUACUCAUUUAUUGGCCUUAUGCAAACAAAUUGUUACAUGACAUAUAAAAUGACACAAAUGUCUCUCUCGGUUGUCCAAACACGCCUUUGGACAAUUUGUUUAAGCUCUUUGAAGCUGCUGCCCUUACCUGAAAACCCAACCUGAAUUCUUAGUGAAGGUCUCAGGUUGGAUUUUCUAAUUCUGUGACUUUAUGCACUUUCUCGGGUGCCUCGUCUCAGUGCCUCUCUACGCUCCACUAACAGAGAGCAACAGUAGCUAACUUUAGUUUAGAAAUGGAGUCUGCCCACGUAAGCUAAUGACUGGCUUCCAGCUCAACACAGAAGGUUCACAGAGGCCAUUUAAUCAUCAAUCAAUGCGGUGAAAAAUGUUAUGUGAUGUAUGACAAAUAAUUUAUGAAAGACAAAGUCAGAAAAAUUAUACCACAGCCAUCCUCCCAAGUCAUGAUUAUGGUACCUGGUGGGGUAAUUGAUAGUUAUUUCUUUGACUGAAUAAUUCCUUAAUAAUAAGGUCUAUCAAAUCAGGAAGUAGAAAACAGUGCCCCUCAUACAUUCUCAGAGCCUUUGCUGAGGCUGAAACCAGUUAAAUUUUGCUUAAAAAUUGCUCAGAUGAUGAAUUUGGUAUCAAAAGGGUUGCUGUUGAAGGGUUGAUCAUCUAAUUGAUUAAUUGACUAAGCAUUGCAGCUCCAGUAGUGACAGGGAGUCACUCUUUAAACCCUUAGAGCUUAAUGUGGUUAAUGUUUUCCAAAGACAUAUUUUGCUCUACAAGAGUUAAAGUUGUGCGGUAUCUUCAUAAUAUCGAAUAAACAAACAACACGGUGCUAAGAAUAGUGCAAAAAAAAAAAAAAAGAAAUGCAAUGCUCUUUACUAAGCAAAUGUCAGGAGUUUUAGUACGAACUUAAGAUGUUAUUGUUUUCAUCUCAGUCUGUCCGAGCAUCCUGCAGUCUUGUCCCUCAGUGCAAAGGCCAAAUGAAACACUAGAUGGCAGGAACAACACACUUUAUACAGACAGUAUUCUGCUGUCUAUCUAUAUGAUGGUUUAUUCCUGGAUGUGGGUUCCAUCCUGUUGUAUUAAACUUCCAGCUUUCUCCCUUUGGAUGCUUUUACUCUUCCCAUUGUUUAAAUAACCAGACAUGUACUUUUAAAUAUUAUAAAUUAAUUGAAUGUACAGCACUUGUAAUGUUUGGAAGCAUGACAUAUUCCAUUUUAAAGCAAGAGAAUAUGACAAGUUUAUUAUUUUUAGUGUUUAACGAGUAUACAGAGAGUGGGAGAGGUGCAGAGUGUGCAGGUUGAUUUGAUGAAUAAUGAUGAAAUACCGCUGAAAACAUAAAGUGCAAACAUUAGUUGUGCAAAAUGUGUGUAUUUUUCAAAGUUAUAAUUUAAAAGAGAUGUAUUGCACUGUGCCAGAUAUUAUGGUUAUAAACUAUUGUUGUGCUGCAACAAAGCAAGAUGAGUUAUAAAAAAAAACUAGUAAAAAACUGAGCUUGUUUGAAUUGGACUUUUUUAAUCAGCAAAUGCCACUUUGUGUCACCUCGGAAACGUCACACUAAAGGACAAGGCUGUAUUAUUAUUCAUAGAAAUCAGUUGCAAAGAAAUCUUCCAGCCUUAAACUUAUUAUAGGAGUGUAUUCAGCCCCUAUUCUUUGGAAACACACAGUAUACACACAUUUUGAUGCCCUACAGAGAGCGCAAUGCAGGUAGGUAUCAGGCGUUUUGCAUCUACUGACUGACUUCCUGUUUUGGAAACCUUCCCCUUCCUUCCUCGCUAUUCUGUCAUAACAGUGGAACAAAGACCAGGGAUAUCCUUGUUGGACUGUCUGAGACUUGAUCUGGAGUCUACUGCUGUCUUUUAUAAGAAGCCAAAAAAUACUGGCCCUCUCUACUGUGUGUGUGUGUGUGUGUGUGUGUGUGUGUGUGUGUGUGUGUGUGUGUCUCCAUCUCUUCCAGGAAUAAUCCAGUGUCCACACGCGAGUCCUCACUUCCUCAUGAAUGUCUAAACAACUGUUUGCCUUUCUGACCCACAGUCCUGCAGCAGCCCCAGAGGACAGGAAGUGGGGGAAUGGUCAUGUGCGUGUUUGUGGUUGUCAAGCCUCUAUGGCAGCACAAGAUAUAUAAAAUACAAACAUGACAGGGUGAAAGGGCCUAGAGAAUUAUCACCUGAGUCUUGUGUACAUUUUGCUGGGUCAGCUAUUAGCUGCUGCUUAGGUUAAAUGGGCAUUUAUUUGUGUGGUUGCUGACUGUAGUGUGACCUUGUUGUGCUGUGGUUGUUUGAUCUUGUGUUGCUGCUGUUGUGUAUUUAGUUACAGCUCGUCAGUUUUGUGUUUAGUAUGGAGUCACUCCACAGAUCAGUGGAUAUUCCGGUGGUGGGUGGUACUGGCAGUCACUUUUGUUGGGGCUUUGCGUGCUGCUGCUUGUGUAGGGCAGCAGUUCUGUCGGUGAAAUACUGGCUGUGACCCUUUCGUUUCAUAGCUGCUGCUACCCACUGUUGUGUUGGUCACCUGCUUGGUGUGUGCGUGUAUGUGUGUGUUAACGCACUAAUUAUGCUACGCUGGUUUCGAAGCCAUUUCGUCAGUGGGAGUGGCACCCAUUGAUUUAGGUCCUGUUUAGAUUCUAUGACGAUUCUGAAGAUGAAGCGUAGAUUUUAUGCAGACUAUGUGGUUCAGCAGGACACAGUUAUCACGGCUGGUGUCCUUUCGUGUCAUAUUGACUCGUGAAGAAUUGUUUGAUCUUUAAGGAGGGAGGUGUUAUCAUCACCUCAUCAUCACUUUUUACUUAAUAUAGUUUAUGUUUGUGAAACGUGCAGUUAAUGCACUUUGUUGCUUCACCUUUGUUCAGUUGAUCUGUACUCAAUAGAAGUCUAGAGUAUGUGUUAGGAUCCAACUCCUCUUGUCUUUCUGUUAUUUGCCCUCAACUGCUGAAUCUGUUGCAUUUGCUUAUGAAGUUCACAGACUUCCCAUUCAAACACCAGUUUGC